AUGAUACCCACGUGCUUCGACGGGUCUGAUGCAGUCAAUUGGAUAUCGCGCGUGCCGGUGGUGGUUGGCGGCGAUCCCCCAAAUCGGGUUGUUUCAGACGAUGAGAGAUCGGAUCCUGGUGGAUACAGGAGGAUUGUAUUUUUUGGUGAUAAAAUUGGUGGGUGUGAUAAGAAGGAGUUUGAGAUGGCAUUGCAGGAUCGUGUUAUGGAAGAAACUAAAGAUAAAAAGAAUGCUGUAGAAGCUUACGUUUAUGACAUGCGGAACAAGCUUCAUGACAAAUAUCACGAGUUCGUGACAAAAUCAGAUAGAGAGCAGCUUAUUUCUAGACUCCAGGAGGUGGAAGAUUGGUUGUAUGAGGAUGGCGAGGACGAAACAAAAGGAGUUUAUAUUGCUAAGCUGGAUGAGCUCAAGAAGCAAGUUGAUCCCAUCGAGGAGCGCUUCAAGGAGCAUUCCGAGAGAGGAACUGUGAUCAACCAGCUUAUUUAUUGCAUCAACAGUUAUAGGGAAGCAACAAGGUCGAACGAUUCCAAGUGUGAUCACAUUGACUUGGCCGAGAAACAAAAGGUUUUGAGUGAUUGUGUUGAAGCUGAAGCUUGGCUUAGAGAGAAGCAGCAGCACCAGGAUACACUCCCAAAGUACAUGACUCUCGUUCUCUUGUCUGCUGAAGUUAAGAAGAAGGCUGAGUCUCUUGACAGGUCGUGUAGGCCGAUCAAGAUGAAGCCAAAGCCAGCGGCGAAACCAUCCACUCCCGAGCCAGUGCCGACAGAGAGGGGAAUGGAAGUGGAAUGCAUCACCCUAGUGAGGAAGAGCAAGUUAGGAAAGGGUUGGGGAAGUGGCCGGAUGAUGGUGUUGGAAUUCAAGGAGCAGGUGCUCCUGUGGGCGGUUUAA